AUGGGGAACCCAGAAAUAAUGGACAAAGAUGUCGAAACUAACAAGGAUGCGGCUGCCAUGAUAGCCACUGCCUCUCUCGAAGACCUCGAUGCAGAGGCACGUGUCGCAGCAGACGAAGAACAUGGCCAUUCUUUCUUCCAAGCCGUCAAAUUGUAUCCUACCGCUGUCGGAUGGUCUCUGUUCUUCUCCCUCGGUGUUAUCAUGACAGCAUUUGACCCGCAGCUUAUCGGCCAGCUAUACGCUACCCCAAAGUUCCAGCGAGACUUCGGGUACCUCUACAAGGGCAACUGGAUCAUUUCGGCUCCGUGGCAGACCGGCCUGAGCAUGGGCAACCCAAUCGGCCAGGUUGUCGGGGCUCUCUUCGCGGCGUACCCGAUGGAAUGGUACGGGCGGAAGCUUACGUUCGGGGCGUGCGUCAUCUUCACCACGGGCUGCGUCUUCAUUCAGUUCUUCGCCAGAUCGCUUUCCGUGCUCCUGGCAGGGGAGCUGCUCGGAGGCCUUGUGCUGGGAUCCUAUGCGGUCAUCGCUCCGGCGUACGCGUCGGAAGUGUGCCCCCUGGCGCUGCGAGGUGUGCUCACAUCCUGCACAAACAUCUGCUUCGUCAUUGGCCAGCUGCUCGCCAACGCUGUCAUCGCUGGAACCCAUAAGCUCGACACUCACUGGGCCUACAGUGGCGCUUUCUGUGCCCAGUGGUUCUGGCCAUUGGUGAUUCUCAUCGGCCUACCGUUUGCUCCAGAAAGCCCGUGGUGGCUCCAGAGGAAAGGUCGAAUCGAGGAGGCGGAAAAGGCUCUGAAAAGACUAGCCUCGCCCGAUGUUGACGUCAAACCUACCCUGGCCAUGAUCAUCGAGACGGACCGGCUCGAAAGAGAAAUGGAGUCUGGCUCGACGUACUGGGACUGUUUCAAGAAGAUCAACCUUGUUCGAACAGAGAUCGCCAUAGGUGUCUACACCAUCCAGGUGCUCUCAGGCAUCUACCUGGUUGGUUAUGCCACUUACUUCUUUGAAUUGGCCGGGCUACCGACGGAUCAAGCGUUCAACAUGGGAGUCGGCUUCCUUGCCAUUGGAUUCGUGGGCACCUGCCUUUCCUGGGUGAUGCUGAUUUAUUUCGGUCGGCGAACUAUCUAUAAUUCGGGGCUUGCCUUGUUGGCCGUGCUGCAGUUCAUCAUUGCCAUCCUAGACUGCGCUCCCAAUUACGACAGUCGGCCAGCGAUCGCAUGGGCGCAGAGUGUGUUGAUGCUGAUCUGGAAUUUCAUCUACGAUCUGUCCAUCGGUCCGGUCUGCUUUGUGUUGCUUUGUGAAGUCUCGGCAACCAGAGUCCGCGGUAAGACAAUCGCACUGGCCACCGCCGUGCAAGCGGUUGCAGGGAUUGUCAUGACGGUGUGCAUACCCUACAUGAUCAACGCAGACCAAGCCAACAUGCGUGGCAAGCUCGGCUUCUUCUUCGGCGGCCUUGCAGCUGUGUGCCUGCUGUGGUCAUACUUCCGAGUUCCCGAAUUGAAAGGGAGAACGUACCAAGAAGUGGACAUUAUGUUUGAACGGGGCCUGAAGACGAAAGAGUUCAAGGACUACGUCGUCACAAGAUGA